AUGGAAGUACAAAGCAUGGGCUUUAUUGCACAGCUUUUCAGUGCUCCUUCUCCUGCCACUUGGUUUGUUUUUGCUGCAGGACCAUGGGGACAGAUAUGUGCUAGGAAUCCUAGGAACAAGAUACGGGGCUGUGACAGAUUUGGCUGUGGAUAUUAUGGAGCUCCAAGACCUAAAGGAAGAAAGCACCUGGGAGUGGACGUAAUGUGCCGAGACAGAUCAACAGUGUAUGCACCUUUUAGUGGCAUUAUUGAUGGACAAGCUAAACCCUAUGUGAAGAAUAAUGCCAUUAAUAAUGGCAUCCAACUUCGUGGAUCAGGUUUCUGCAUAAAAAUAUUCUACAUCAAGCUGUUUACCUCCAGAGGUCGGGUCAGAAUGGGACAAAAAAUUGGAGUAAUGCUGCCAAUGCAAAAGGUAUUUCCUGGUAUAAUAUCUCAUGUUCAGGUCCAGAACUGCGACCGCUCAGAUCCCACUCGCUAUUUAAACAUCUGCAAAAUGUUCCCACUGAAAUUGAUUGUUUUUAUUGCCUUGGUUUCCACUGUUGUUGCAGGACCAUGGGGACAAAUAUGUGCUGGGAAUCCUUCAAACGAAAUAAGGGGAUGUGAUAACAAAGGAUGUGGAUACUACGGCGCUCGAAGGAAAUCAAAAGAUGGCACCAUAAGACGACAUCUAGGGGUGGAUGUUGUAUGCAACGAUGGAUCAACAGUGUAUUCUCCUUUUAGUGGUACUAUUGAGAGACAAGUUAUCCCCUAUAAAAUCAAUAAUGUCAUUAAUAAUGGAAUCCAACUCCGUGGAUCAGGUUUCUGCGUAAAAAUGUUCUAUAUCAAGCCUGUUAAAUACCGAGGCCAGAUCACAAAGGGCAACAAAAUUGGAGUAAUGCUGCCAAUGCAAAGAGUGUAUCCUGGUAUAACAUCUCAUGUUCAUAUUGAGAACUGUAACAAAUCAGAUCCUACUGGUAACUUAUAAAUGCAAAGUUACAUGAAAUGAAAAUGAACAAAAUUUCAAACAAAAUCAACUGAGCAAACAAAAAUAAGUUUCUUUCCUCCUUCCCAGAGACGCUGCCAAAAAAAUGUAAUCCAUGGGAAAGGAAAAGAUGUAUUAUGUAUACAGCAAAAUAAAAAUGUGUAUGUCA